AUGUCUAUCUUCUCAAUCAUAAAAAUUAUAAUAAUCGAUGUUUGCAAAGUGUCGACAUUUUCAAAAUUAUUACUAGCAAAUAAAAGGCGGCAGAGGGAUCCCUUCAACAAGGGUGAUAAUUCAUUAGUUUGUCAACUCUUCCAGCAGCAACAACAGCAACAACAACAACAAAAAUCCAAUACAAAGAGUAAAAAGAAAGAAGUGGUUGAAGUAGAAAUCAGUGACAGUGGUGAAGAGAUGAGUGAUGAUCUUCCACCUGUUACCAGAGGCAAGACUGUAAAGUCGACGUCUCCACACUCCUCUUCGCCAAUUACAUCAUCGCCGAUACAGAAUAAUGCACCGAUCACUCGAACCCGUUCACAAAGACUACAGGAGCAGCAACUACAACAACUGCAACAACAGCAAUCUUCACCGACACAGUCCACCACCAUGACAAGAGCAAAGUCAAAGCUACUGGCACAACAACAACAGCAACAACAAAAACAACAGCGACAACAACGACAAACGAUAAUUUCACAACCAUUACCAGCUACAUCAAAGAAAAAAGCAGCUGCCAAUUCAAAGAACAACAACAACAAUAAUAAUACUAAAUCAAAUAACACUGCAAGUACUAGUAGUAGCGGUGGCAAUAGUAACAAGAAUAGUAAGACUAUGGUUGUAGAGGAGUCUGACGACGAUGAGGAUAUGACAGAUGACGACAAGGAGUCAGAUUCAGAUAUGGAAGCUGAUAUUCCAACUGUAGAUGUAAAUGUUGUAGUUAGCAAUAAUACUACUAAAAAUAAAGAUAAAGAUGAAGAUAGAGAUAGAGAUGAAGAGGAGGAUCAAGAUGAUUCCGAUAAAUCAGGAUCUGACUUUGAUAUAUCUGACUCUGAUUCCGACAGUUUUGCAAGUAGGAAAACUAAAGGAAAGAAACCAACAGCAUCAACAACAAAAGGAAAAGUAACAACAACUAAAUCAAAUACAAAGAAAUCAGUUUCAAAUGGAAAGAAAGAAGUAGGGUCUGACUUUUCAGAUUCCGAUACAGAUUAUAUACCGCCAACUUCAAAAUCUAAAAAGUCAACAACAUCGACGACAACAACAACAACCGUUACAAAUAACAGCAAUAAGAAGCAAACAUCAUCAUCAUCAUCAGCAGCAAAGAGAAAGAGUACAACUCUGAAACAAUCACAACCAAAGCGAAAGACAAAGAAGUCGAGGAAAGAAUAUUUGUACUCUUCCGAGGAGGAAAACAGUGACGAUGAAGAGAUAAGCGAUAAUUCAGCUAACGAUGACGAUGAUGAUGAAGUUGCUGUUGCAAAGAAAAAGUCGGUCGUUGGUACUGAUGACGAAUCGAUGAGUGAACUGUCGGCGUCGGAUGACAGUGACAGUGACAGUGACAGUGACGAGCGUAGUGAAAAGAGUGACGACGACGAAGAAGACGAAGACGACGACAAAGCGGACAUCGACGACCUGGAAACAGUCAAUGGUAUUGACAAUGUAGAUAAACUAAAGUACGAGACAGUCGACAAGAUUCUGACAACCAAGAUGUUCAGAGGAAAGUUUGCUCAGAUGCCCUAUACACUCUAUCAGUAUUUGCACGCCGCCGGCGGAAAUCAACAGUCUUCAUCGACACCCAAUGCCAACUCAUCCGCUACCUCUUCACCACUCUUGAAAUCAUCAUCGUCGAGCAUCACCACCACCACUACAACCACUACAAGCAAUACAACAGCAACAGCAGCAGCAGCAGCAGCAGAAGUCAAAGAAGAACAACAAACAGAAGAACAAUCAGCAAUGAACAUCGACCAGAAAGUAGAGGAUACAAAGGUGGAGGAACAGCAACAGUCAUCCGUUACUACCAAACAAAAUGGUGCUUCUACACCUGUUUUGACCAGUACAAGCAGUAAUAGUAGUAGUAGUAGUGUAUUGGAUAGUUCGACCAAUGGAAAAUCAACAACAGCAACAACAACAACAACAAACUCUGAGAAACCAAAUGAAGAAGUUAGAUAUUUAGUACUUUUGAAGGAUCGAUCGUUUAGAGCUGUCAGAUGGAUGACCAUUUCAGAGUUGGAGAGCACUCGUAGUGUUACCAAUCGUCUGCAGCUGAUGAUAAAGAAAGCCAAUGCCACUACACCCGAACCAAUCAAAGAUGAAUCGGAAGCCAAUCCACUGCAUUACUUUAACCAGGACAAUAUUCAGGUGGAAAAGAUUCUCACAGAGGUGAAGAAGCAGCUGAGAGGUGGUGGCGGCGCCAACAACAAGAAGGUGGACACUCGCUACUUGGUCAAGUGGAAGGGACUGCCCUACGAGAAGACCACCUGGGAGACAGAGAGUGCACUCUCGUCGCCAGCCGACAAGCAAGCCAUUCAGGCGUACUACGAACUGCAGACCACUGGCGGCGGUACAAAGAAACUGGUGAAACGACCGUCCAAGAUGCCACCAUUCGACAAUCAACUGGUACCGAAAUUCAAUGAAUCGCUCAGUCUGAAGCAGUUCCAAGUCGAGGGAUUCCUCUGGUUGUCGUACUGCUGGUAUCACGAGAGAUCGUCGUUGCUCGCCGAUGAGAUGGGUCUCGGAAAGACCAUUCAAACGAUAGCGUUCCUCCAGUAUAUCAGUCAGACCGUUGGAAUCAAAGGACCGUUCAUGGUUGUCGCACCGCUAUCGACCCUCGGUAACUGGCACAAGGAAAUCAUCAAGUGGACAAACAUGCGUGUUUUAGUGUUCUACGGUACACAGGAAGCGCGUUCCACCCUCAAGAAAUACGAAUGGAAACGACAGGACAAGAGCUACAUGUUUGAGAUCAUGCUGACCACCUACGAAACUGUGAUGACCGAACACUCUGACAUUGUUAAAGUUCCAUGGAGAAUAAUGGUAUUGGAUGAAGGUCAUCGUAUAAAGAAUGUCAAUUCAAAAGUUUUAACAAAAUUGAAAUCCAUUAGAUCUGAACAUACACUUAUUCUUACAGGUACACCAUUACAGAAUGAUAUGAAAGAACUUUGGACGAUGUUAAACUUUUUAGAUUCUAGAAAAUUCAAUAGUUGCACAGAGUUUCUUGCAGAGUUUAGUGAUUUGAAAGAAGAGUCACAAGUUCAGAGAUUGCAUCAUCUUCUCUCACCUUAUCUAUUGCGUAGAAUGAAAGAAGAUGUCGAACUAUCUAUUCCAAUCAAAGAGGAAACAGUGAUUCAAGUCGAACUGUCAUCCACUCAAAAGACAUAUUAUCGUGCCAUUCUCGAAAAGAACAGAGAGUUCCUUGCAAGAGGUGUCAAGAGUAAAUCGAAUCUACCUAAAUUAACAAAUAUUAUGAUUCAAAUUCGAAAAGUUUGUAAUCAUCCAUUCUUAAUUCUUGGUGCAGAAGAUACUAUUAUUAGACAGGAGAAGCUAAAGACUGAGGAACAGAUUUCAGAACUUUUGAUUAGAUCGAGUUCCAAGCUGGUUUUGGUCGAUAAGCUGUUGCAGAGAUUGAAGGCAGAAGGUCACAAGGUGUUGAUUUUCAGUCAGAUGGUCGAGUCUUUGAAUAUUCUCGAGGAUUACUUGCACUACAGAGAGUAUCUUUACGAGCGUCUCGAUGGUUCCGUCAAGAGCGAGGUACGUCAAGCCAGUAUCGAGCGUUUCAUGGAUAAGGAAUCGGACCGUUUCGUCUUCUUGCUCUCUACGAGAUCGGGUGGUGUCGGUAUCAAUCUUACCAGUGCCGACACUGUAAUUCUCUUUGACAGCGAUUGGAAUCCACAGAGCGAUCUACAGGCACAGGCAAGAUGUCAUCGUAUCGGACAGACCUCCAACGUCAAGGUGUACCGACUCAUCACCAGAAACACCUAUGAGCAAUAUCUCUUUGAGGUUGCCACCAAGAAGUUGCUGCUCGAUCACAUCGUUCUCAACAACGCCAAGAACAAUCCGAUGAAAGAGAAUCAAGAGAAAGAGGCACGUGAGAAAGAGGCGCGUGAGAAAGAGGAGAGGGAGAAGGAGAAGGAGAAAGAUGGAUCGGUCGUCGACGCCAAUGUCGAAGGCGGCGAGAGUGCCAGUCCCUCCGACUCGAAAGGCGAGGACGGAGUUUCCACUCCGACAUCGGCGGGCGGCAAGGAUAUCGACCCGGAUGCUCCCUCAGAGAUCAGUCAGAUGCUGAAAUAUGGUGCCGCCUAUCUCUUUGCAGAGAAUGCCAAUGAAGCUUCGGAACUCGAUAACAUCAUGAUCAACGAGGACAUCGAUAAGAUCUUGGAGCGUUCGACAACCAUCAGCUUUGACAACAAGAACAAACCGGCCAAUCUCUCUGGUUUCUCAAAGGCAACGUUCUGUUCGACAGAGACCGAUAUGAAUGUUGAUAUCGACGACGAGAACUUCUGGGAGAAGGUGCUCCCCGACUACAAAACUGUGAAGCAACUCGAGGAGAAACUAUCGAAUGCCAGCGUGUUUGCUAGUGACGAAGCACGUGCCAAAUACAUUGAGGAUAUCUGUUCACUGGCACAGGCAAAGCGUGACGAACUCAACGAUUCCGUCUCCGUGGAAUUCAUUGGCGAUCUUCUCAAGCUGAUAAUGCGUGUCGAGUUCAACACAAAGUUCACCACAGAGGAGCGUGACCGUGUGCAAAACAUGAGAAUGCUACUCGAGAAACCACGUACCAGAAAGCGUAUCGUUCCAGAGGUUUUGCAGUCGAUGAAUCAUCACGUCAGCGAGAAGAAGAGCAAGAAGAAUCAGACUAUCAUUGCCAUGCCCGACACUGACACAUCGAGUGAUGACAACCACGGAAGUGACACCGAGUACAUUGAGAAUGAAAACGACAUGGAUACCGACGACGAUGUUGAAACUGUCGACAGCAAACGCAAAGACAAGAAUCGUAUGAAACAAUCGGGCACUGGAAUUGGCAUCGGUAGUAACGGACAACCGUUGAUGGGUUCGUCUGCCAGUGGCAUUCCUACCGGUGGUGUCGGUGGUGCCAAUGGUGCACUCGGUCAAUUUAGCGUGAGCGCAACUGCCAGUGUCCCAGUGUGGAACAAAUCCAACAAGGACAAAGUCAAGGCUAUUCUUUUCAAGUACGGAUUCCACCGUUGGCGUAAAGUACAAAAGGAACUCGCUGCCUCGGGAAUCAACAAGACGCCGUCAGAGAUUCAGUCGAUCAGUGAAUCGUUCUUGGAGGUCGGUCAAAAGUAUCAGGCCACCGCAAUGAAAGACUUUUUCGAUAGUUUCGUCGAUGACACUGCCAACUACAAUUGGCACAAAAUGGGAUUCAACAUUGAACACAAGAUUACAGCAAUUCCAAACAACAACACUAACAAUAACAAUUUGAAUUACUACAAGAUUAAGGAUGUAAACAAUAAUAUUCCAUUGAUUACAACUCAAUCUAUUGUUAUUGGAUGGAGUAAAUCAACACCACCUGCACCAACUCCAACUCCUACUACUGCUGUUCCUGCUGCUGCUCUUGCUGCUUCAACUACAACUCCUGCCGAGUCAGCUCCAUCUUCUUCUGCAACUACAACCACCGAGAAUGUUGAUAAAAAGGAUGGUUCACAAACACCAACUUCAACUUCAACCAGUGUUAAAACAGAAACUUCUACUGAAUCUACUGAAUCUAAGGACUCUUUGCCGACAGCUACCUCACCCUCUAACAACAAUAACACAACUGUAAAUAGUGAAUCAACAACAUCCACAUCAACAACAACAACAUCCACUAUUAAUAACACUGAAAGAUCAGAAUCCAAAGUGUUGGAUGAAACCGAAAAUAACAAACAAAACAACAACAACAACAACAACAACAACAACAACAACAACAACAACAACAAUAACAAUAACACCUCUGACAAAACUCAAAGUAAUAAUACUAAUGCUACUACUACAACUACCUCACCUACAACAUCAACACCAGUAGUAACUGAUAAUAAUGGUAUUGUACAAAACAAUUCAACACAAAAUUCACAUAGCUCUUCACCAAUAGCUUCACCAAAGCAGUUACCAGUACCGAUUUCAAACAAAUCACCUGCCAAAGAAGCUGGUUACUACUUGGUGUUGUCCAAUGAGGAAUUCAAAGAGAAUCAAAUCAUCAGAACCUAUCCUAUAACAGAUGGUAUCAAGUCUUUGGAGAUAUUCUUCCCUGGAUUCAAUGGCACCUAUGUUGCCAAUAUCAUCUAUGCCAAUCCACAGAACAAUACCUAUCAAGUCUGCAGUAACAACGUUCGCAUACAAACGACACCCAAUAUCAUUUGGCAACAAUUGGACUUCCCAUCGUUCUCCACACGUGUACAAACUAUAUUGUCGCGUCUCGUACAGAUGAGAGCAAUCAAACAGCUCGCCAUCAAGUAUGGCAAACAACUAAAGAAUCUAAAGAUACCGACACUCGGUCGUGGUCCAACAUUCUACUGGAAUCAAGAGAAUGACAAAUCACUGUUGAUCGGUGUCUACAAGCAUGGCUACGGAAAAUACGUUGAGAUCUUUGGUGACCCUGCACUGGACCUACAGAGUGCCACCAAGAGCAACAAACCUCCGGGACAGUCGGACGACGCUGCUAUCAACGACGACGCUGCACAGGACAAGAUCCCAUCGUCUGAAUCACUGAGACGUCGUAUCACCAGAAUCACCGAGCUAAUCCUUCGUAGUGAACAAAAUGAUCGUGCAUUCAAGAGCUCUGUACUUCUCGCUCCCACAGAACCAGAGUCAUCCGACAAGAACAUGUUCUCACCCGAGUCCAUUGAUAUCUCUGACGACGAUGAUAAAUUUAGAAAUAGUAAUGGUGGUUUAAAUAUUAAUAAACAACAACCAAUGCAUCAACAACAGCUAACACCACAACAAGCACAACUUUAUCAACAACAAGCACAACAGCAACAACAACAAGCACAACAGCAACAUUUACUUCAACAACAAAUUCAACAUCAUCAACAAUCGAUGCAAUAUAAAUCUAAAUUUACAAAUCAACCGCCACCUCAAGCACAGAAACCAAUUCCACAAUCAAUGUCACAAUCAAAGCAACAGAAACCAGCUGCUGAGCAACAGAGAUAUGCUGGUCUUGAACUAAAGUCAUCGAGUAACACUCUUGCUUUGAUGUUCCAUUGGCAAGAGAAACUCUAUCCAAUGACGAUCCCACACUCUAUAGCCUUGGACACUAUGAAAAAGAUAUUUAUUGUCAAGUACAAUCUGUUUGGUGAGGUUGGACAUGGCGAGGACAACGACUUUGUCUUGCGAUUCUACAACAAAGACGUUCCCAUUCCUCCAAAUGUUAGACUCUAUGAACUCGGUAUCAAAGACAACGAUAUCAUCACUGUCGUUUGGGAGAACAAAUGGAAGACCAUCCAGGUGAAAGGUUUCGAAAUGGAGAGUGUUCUCAUGAAGGUUCAAGACGAUACCAUCCUCGAGGAUAUUGUACGUGCCUAUUUCCACAGCUCACAGCCACCCUAUGAAUUCAAGAAUCUGCGAAUCGACUUUAACGGCAAGAUUCUCGAUCUCAAGACCGAUAUCGGUACCAAUAAGAUCAAGACCGACUCGUUCCUUGCGAUUGUUUCAUCGCCUGACAUCAUCCACGUUCACGUUGUUCCGUCGUGGGGCGGUGAAAAGGAGAUCUAUGCACUUCACAAAAAGUCGACACUUCUUUCCAAGCUGAUCGAUUCAUUCCUCAAGAAACACGGCUUGCAAGUCAAACAGAUCUUGUUUAGCAACUCCUCGACCAACCAACAAGUUGAUCCUGCCAAGUCGCCAAUAGAACAAGGCAUCGAUAUGGACACUCAGAUUGUCGCGUAUCUCUUGUUGGUUCGUCUGGAUGUGACCUACAACACAACGACAGUGCCAUAUCUGCUCAGUACCAACACUUCUUUCGAUUCGCUGAUGCAACGAUUCUGUGACCGACUACAACUCCAGAAGGCCAAUGCCAACUUUAUGCACGAUGGCAAACGUCUGAUCCCCGAGGAGAAUCCAGAGUCUAUAAAGAUGGGUCCGCACGCAAACAUCCAAGUGACCUUGGGAACUCCUCCGAUCAUCGAAGUUGAAGUCAGACUGGUUGGACAAGACUCUGGUAGCUACAUCAAGAUGCACACUGCCAACCCAUUCCCACUUCAGAUUCUCAUGGAGAAGUUCUGUCAAGAACAUCAACUUCAAAAGAAGAAUGUUAUUUUCAAACACAGAGGCGCUAUUGUACAUCCACAAGAUACUUUAGUCACAAUUGGACUUCAAGAUAGUGACGUAAUCGAAUGUUUUGCACUCCCAAACAAAUAG